AGAUUGUUCGAUUAACGAUUGAACAUAGUCAAUGUAAUUAAAGGCUAUUUAAUUGACAAUUGAUAUAAGUAAGUUUAAUCGAGAAGCGCAGUAAGACAAUUGAUUAAUCGAUGUCAAUUCAAUGUUUACAUUACUCAUAACAACCAACCGAGCUGAAUAUAACGUGAUACACAAGAAGUUUAGAAAACUUAGAUCCUUUGUGUGUUUCGGUCAAAAAAGUGUUUUUUAAACAUUAUAUGAAAGAAAAAAUGUCGACGCAGAACUCCAUUGGACAAACUAAUAAUGAACAGAUCGAUUUGUUAACGGAUAAUCGUGCAGAGGAAACACCAUUAAAUUUACGGAUUGCGUGUAAUAAAACUCCAUAUUUAGACGGUACAUUUUUUGACGUAGAUUUCGGGAAAUCGUCUCAAGAUGGAUCCAUAGUAUAUGCCGCGUGUACUAAUUGCAUGCCUAAGCAACUUAUUAAAGGGAGUUUAAAAGUAUCUUCUAAUUACAUAACACAUUUGAAGAGAAAACAUCCUGACUUAUGCUCCGAAUAUUUAACUUAUAAAAACGAUAAACGACAGUUGGCGGAAAGAUCAAACGUAAAUCGUAGAACAACAUGCGCUUUUUCACUGAAGAACUGUUUGAAAAAAAUGUCACUGCUUAUCACAUGCUAUAUUACAGAGCAUGUCACCAUUCAGCACUGUUGAACUUCCAGCAUUUAGACAAAUAUUUAACAGUAAAUAACAGACAAAUAUUUAAGAGGUUUUUUCAUUAUGUCAUUGAUGUAUUUGAAGACUCUAAAAUAAUAUUCUAAAAUAAUGCAUUCAUCUUACAGGUUUCAAAAUAAAAAAUGGUGAAGGAACUUUAAAACAUCUUACUCGAUACACUUUAACUAAAAGAAUUGACGCUCUUUAUAACGAGCAUAUAGAAGUCAUAAAAAACCACUUAAAAAAUA